GAGGUGGAGGAGUGGGAUGGGAGCACCCCGUCUGGUCAUCAGAGGUGGAGGAGUUGGGAUGGGAGCACCCCGUCUGGUCAUCAGAGGUGGAGGAGCUGGGAUGGGAGCACCCGUGUCUGGUCAUCCAUGGUGGAGGAGCUGGGAUGGGAGCACCCCGUGUCUGGUCAUCAGAGGUGGAGGAGUUGGGAUGGGAGCACCCGUGUCUGGUCAUCAGAGGUGGAGGAGUUGGGAUGGGAGCACCCCGUCUGGUCAUCAGAGGUGGAGGAGUUGGGAUGGGAGCACCCCGUCUGGUCAUCAGAGGUGGAGGAGUUGGGAUGGGAGCACCCCGUCUGGUCAUCAGAGGUGGAGGAGUUGGGAUGGGAGCACCCCGUCUGGUCAUCCAUGGUGGAGGAGUUGGGAUGGGAGCACCCCGUCUGGUCAUCAGAGGUGGAGGAGUUGGGAUGGGAGCACCCCGUCUGGUCAUCAGAGGUGGAGGAGCUGGGGAUGGGAGCAC